CAGUAUAGGGAGAAGCAAUGCACUAAAAGAAAAGGUUUAUUGUCGUGCCGUACAGUACUAGACUAUUUCUGCCGCCGUUUGAAAUGUUCAAUCUCCCAUACAUUUGUGCAUUGGGAACUCAGUAAUGUAUUAAAACAUUGUUUGUUACAAACAAGCGUCUUCCAGACAGGUGUGGUUCUACCCGGAAAAGAGGAAGCAACCGGCAUAAGAGAAAAUAUCACUAUGUCUCCAAGAGACCUCAAGGACGAGUUUGAGGAACAAUUCAAGGAUGUUGUCACAAGACUGCAAUCAAAGGAUCUGUUUCAGUCCGACUGGGACAUUGCCUCAUUUGCAGUGUUCUUUAUUUUUAUUGGUAUGAUUCUAUUACUCGUUAUUCUGGUUCUCAUUCGCUGCUGCUGUUGCUGCUGCUGUGACGAUACGCCCAGCAGACGUAAGGUGGGGAUUGACAAUAUGGCGUUGGAUCCAUGAGGACCAUUAAACUGAGGAGAUCUUAUAACAUUGCUGUCGUCACCAAACGGCAUACUUUUAUAAAUGUUAUAGUCUAAUCACCAUUUUAUCUUAAGAGAAUGUGCGGACAAAUGGUUUGUUAAUCUCCAAGAUGUCUCCACUUUUUACACGGCUGUCUGAAGUUCAUGCUGUUGCUAAGUCACCUGUUCAGAUCAACAAGUGUGUAAACAAAGCCAACAUUUGUUGGCCCCUUGAAAAAAAUGCACUUCCUUGUAAAUUGCGUUCUUCAUGCCAAAUUCACAAAAUGUGUACAUGUAAAUAUAAUUCUUUUCAUAAAUACUUACUUUAAUACAUUAAAGGGUAUGAGUUAAUGGCAAA